AUGGAACAGCCUGAGUUAGAAACUGAUGGAUAUUCAAAGGGUAAUUGGAAACCUUAUCCUUAUUCCCCUUCUUUUGAAGCUGCUAUAGUAUUCGUCGCAUUAUUUGGACUAGCAACCAUAUACCUAAUAUAUCAGGUCCUCAAGGCCUUAUCUAGGAAUGAGACUAAUAAAAGAGAUAAGCGUUUCUUAUGGAUGAUGGUUCCAUUUAUUUUAGGUGGAUCACUUGAAACGUUCGGCUAUACUGCUAGAGUUGUUUUAAGUUUUGAUAUUACAAAUAUUAGGCCUUAUAUUGCCCAAAAACUUCUUUUAUUAUUCGCUUCGCCAUUAUACGCUGUUACGUUGUAUAUGUCGCUAGGACUGUUAGUAGAACUUUUGGAAUGUCAGAAGAUUUCCUUCAUGCCAAUAAAACUUUUAAUAAUGAUAUUUGUCAUAGGAGAUCUAUUUUCUUUUCUUGUACAACUUGCUGGUGGUGUUAUUGUAGCAUCUGGAACAAUACGUACCGGCCAGUAUAUAAUUAAUAGUGGGUUAAUUGUACAAACACUUUUCCUCGGCCUCUUCAUGAUUGUUGCAUUAACCUUUUACCAUAGAGCUGUUAAGUAUCCAAAUGAGUACAUCAUGAUUAUGAGAAAUAUCCCUUCACAAUUUAAUAAUUGGAAUUCAAUUUUUAUAGCAAUUUUGGCCUGCUCCACAUUACUACUUACCAGAUGUAUAUCCAGGUUAAUUGAAGCUGUUCAGGGUGAACGUGGAUAUUUAAUCUCUCAUGAAAUUUUUCUCUAUAGCUUAGAUGCAUCCCUCAUGUUCAUCAAUAUGAUUGUGUUCAUGUCACAAGAUAUUGGAAAAUAUUGUCUUAUUUUUCAGACCUAUUUGCCUUAUGUCGAUAGAAGUGAGGAUUUGAAUACAACCAUCGUUCAUAAGAACUACUUAUUCUACUAA